AUGGCUUAUGGUGCGGUGACAGUCCUGCUGGAAAACUUGUCACGGCUGCUGACAUCACAUUCCGAUCUCAUUUCCGAUAAGCUUAAACCAGUCAUGGAUGAGCUGAUUAGGAUGGGGAUCACUAGAGUGAAAAUCGCGAAACCGGAAACGCAUGAGGCAAAAUCGAGAACGUCCUUCAUACUUUGUGCUCAAAAACCCAAAAGGAAAAGACAUCACUUUUCGUCUAACCCUCUACCAUCUAAUUUUGCAUUAGCUCCGCGAGUCAGGGGAGACAACGUCGUAGGUCUGGAAGAUGAGCAGGAUAGAUUAAUGCACCUACUCACGGAGACACUGGAAUUGGAAGAGCUCAACGUCAUCACAAUUAUCGGCAUGCCCGGCCUAGGGAAAACAACCCUCGCGCGGAAAGUUUACGAAACAGAGGAAAUCAUUGUGCAUUUCCCAUCCUCAUCUGGGCCUGCGUCUCUAAAGAACUCAACACAAGAUCAAUCUUUCUCGACAUCCUCCAAGAAUUCACCAGCAAGGAUAUGUCGGGCCUCAGCGUCGAUGACCUGGCACUGA